AUGGCGAACCGUGGUCCAUCUUAUGGCCUGAGCCGUGAGGUGCAGGAGAAGAUUGACCAGAAGUACGAUCCGGAACUGGAGACCCGGCUGGUUGACUGGAUCAUGGCCCAGUGCGGGGGAAAUAUGGAGAGACCACAGCCGGGGAAAGAGAACUUCCAGAACUGGCUGAUGGAUGGGACAAUUCUCUGUAGGCUCAUUAAUAGUCUGUACCCGCGUGGUAAAGAGCCCAUCAAGAAGAUUCCAGAAACUCAGAUGGCUUUUAAGCAGAUGGAAAAGAUCUCACAGUUUCUGCAGGCAGCUGAGGCCUACGGAGUUAUCACCACAGACAUCUUUCAGACUGUGGAUUUAUGGGAAGGAAAGGACAUGGCUGCUGUCCAAAGGACUCUUAUGGCUCUGGGUAGUGUGGCCCUCACCAAGGAUGACGGACAUUACCGUGGCGACCGAGACUGGUUCCACAGGAAAUCGCAGGGAAACCGGCGGGAGUUCUCAGAGGAGCAGCUGCGGCAGGGACAGAAUCUGAUUGGUCUACAGAUGGGCAGUAAUCGCGGGGCGUCCCAGGCGGGAAUGACGGGAUAUGGCAUGCAUCGUCAGAUUAUGCCGUAA